ACGGCCAAUGACAGAUUAAAAAAAAGAAGCUGGACUUCGUACUUUGUUGGAAGUCUUUCAUUUGUUUUUAUUAAAAAUUAAAUAGCUUGAGUUAGUUGUAGUUCCGUAAGUUAACAGCACAAAUAACAAAAUGUCUCGCGUUCUAGUUGGAGUUAAGAGAGUUAUCGAUUAUGCGGUAAAAAUCCGUGUAAAACCCGACAAGACUGGUGUAGUGACUGAUGGGGUGAAGCACUCAAUGAACCCAUUCGAUGAGAUCGCAGUGGAAGAGGCUGUCAGGAUGAAGGAGAAGAAGAUCGCCAGUGAAGUCAUUGCUGUCUCCUGUGGCCCUGCACAAGCUCAAGAAACCCUCAGGACAGCUUUAGCUAUGGGUGCAGAUCGUGCCAUCCAUGUGGAAGUAGCUGGAGCAGAGUAUGAGACCCUGCAGCCCCUGCAUGUCGCCAAGAUCCUAGCCAAACUGUCCAAGGAUGAGAAGGCUGAUAUUGUCAUUGUUGGCAAACAGGCUAUUGAUGAUGACUCAAAUCAAACUGCACAAAUGACUGCUGCGCUCCUGGACUGGCCUCAGGCUACCUUCGCUUCCAAGGUUGAAAAGUCAGGCGAUGGUCUGACGGUGACCCGUGAGAUCGACGGUGGUCUGGAGGUAAUCAAGACGAAACUGCCCGCCGUUGUCAGCGCUGACCUGCGUCUCAACGAACCCAGAUAUGCCACCUUACCUAAUAUCAUGAAAGCCAAAAAGAAGCCCCUAAAGAAGGUGUCAGUCAAGGACUUGGGAGUGGACAUUGCUCCUAGGAUCAAGGUCUUGUCCGUGGAAGAUCCUCCAGUCAGACAGGCUGGCUCCAUUGUCCCCGACGUGGACACUCUCGUCGCCAAGCUCAAGGAAGGAGGUCACGUCUGAACCUUUGUAAAUAGCCAAGAAUGUGUGUUCAUCAAUCAAAAUAAUUAUAAUAUUUAUACUGAGAUUUUGUAUGAACGUCAAUUGUAGAUUACACUGUAUAAAUUGUUAAAAAUAUAAUACACUUUUAAACUGUU